CGCAGUGGUCCGCUUAUUUGAUCACCGAGCACCAGCCCGAAAAGAGACCCCCAAGCGACCACCGCGUGGAUUCAGAAAAUAGUCAGCCGUCAUUUGUACGCCUCUGAUCUAAUUGUCGCAUCAUUGAUCCCCAGCAUGAAGGAGAGACGCCUCCCGCAGCCCUUUGUAGCGCGCUGCAAAUUAGUGCUGGUUGGAGAUGUCCAAUGCGGUAAAACGGCCAUGCUUCAAGUCUUGGCCAAGGACUGCUACCCGGAGACGUACGUCCCGACUGUGUUUGAGAACUACACUGCCUCCAUGGAGCUUGAUGGCCAGCGUGUUGAGCUCAGUCUUUGGGACACAUCAGGUUCCCCAUACUACAACAACGUUAGGCCCCUCUGCUACAGUGACUCAGAUGCAGUACUCUUAUGCUUUGACAUCAGCAGACCAGACACAGUAGACAGUGCUCUUAAGAAGUGGAAAGCAGAGAUACAGGACUUUUGCCCCUGCACACGGAUCUUGCUCAUAGGCUGCAAGACAGACCUGCGCACAGAUGUGUGCACACGCAUGGAGCUGUCCAAUCAGAAACAGACGCCAAUCUCCAAUGAGCAGGGUUGUUCCUGGGCCAAGCAGGUUGGCGCUGAGGCGUACCUGGAGUGCUCAGCCUUCACGUCAGAGAAGAGCAUUCACAGUGUUUUCCGUGCGGCGGCCAUGGCCUGCAUGAACAAACUCCUGCCGACCGACAAGCCCAGCCCAGUUCGCCGCCUCUCCAAGAGACUCCUACACCUGCCUAGCAAGACAGAGCUCAUCUCCUCCACUUUCAGCAAGGAGAAAUCGAAGAGCUGCACCAUCAUGUGAAUGCACAGUAGAUGCACACGAGGACAAGUGAACUGCUGAUGGUUCAGCACAGUGAUGUGGAUUUCUAAUAGACUGGACACUCUUCACCCCAAAUCCCCUGUCACGUGUCCCUAUACUGUAUGCACAGAUCAUUUGCUGCUGAGACAGAUCAACAAGUCCAACUCCUUGCAAGGUUGCUUUAAGGGCAGUCAUCCAAGAUCUAAGUGGAUUGGGUGAAUGCUGCAUUUAAACACAUUACCUUAAUUAUCACCCAUUUGAAAUUCUAAUAGCAGUGCCGUAGCUAUCCAUCUGUCUGGGAGGCAUCAAUUUCAACUCAUCGGAUACCUUAUUAGGUACACCUGCACAAUCUAGUAUGUAGCAAAAAUUAGAAACACUGAUGAAUAUCGGUUACCUUUAUUCUCUCCUUGCAUGCCUGCAUGUGUGUGAUCUGGUUCUGCGUGGUGUGCAACACAAAACUAUAUAUAAUUUCCCUUUGAGGGAUUAUAAUAAGUAUAGUUUUUUUAAUGGUUUUCUUUGCUGUUCAUAAGAUAUACAUAAUGUAGUUUAGUUCGAUACUAAUACAAUCACACAUGAUAUAUUGCAAAAUGUGAAGAAUUCACAGUCAGACAAAGUCAUUCAACAUGACCUUAUAAAGGCAUGUUUUUGUUAAUACAACGCUUGUAUUUGAGCUCAUGUUGUGCAGGUGUAACUAAUAUGUAACUGACAAAGGUUAAAUGCGUAUUACUACUGCUUUUCCCCUGGAAAUGAUCUCAGUGUUGUCAUUUUGCUAUUUUCAUGCCUACUCAUGUGAAUGGCACCAUGGGCACAAUGACCCAGAGUGUGAAAACACCCUAAAACAGCCUUGAAGGAUUGAUUCCCUCGCUGUUCCUUUGCUGUUUUUCAUUUGGAUUAAAGCUGACAGUGGAGAAAGUAGCAGCAACAGCAAGGGUAGCAGAACUGAACGAAUGCUCGUUUGCAAAAGCAGUGGGAGGAUAAACUCAAGGGAUGAGAUGUGACUCAGCACUCACAUGAGUGAGCCUUACAGUGUAGAGGCAGCAUUAACUAUAAGCCUUGAUUUUAGUGCUGAACGCAAGCACAUCAUCUCAAGACGCCUGCAAUCCAUAGCCCAGAAACAUUCAAUAAAACAUUCCUUUUUACACAAUCAUAGUUUAUUGUCAUAUGAUCCUUUAAGAAAAUUAACCUGUAGCUGGUUAUGCAACAUUUUUCUGUGUUAUGCAGAAUGUCCCACUUUGCCUUGUUUGUGUUAACACAAAUGUCAUGAGGUGAUGCUGAUUAACAGGGGGGAGCAGAAUCACUUCAAUAGGCCGGUCCUGUUUGCAGAAAGUUUUUUCCCAUCCUUUUGUUCAUCACAAUUUCCUUUUUAAGUUCCCUUAAACACAUUUGCAACAAAAAUAUAUAGCUGUUUUUCCUUACUACUCACUAUCUUAAGUGCUUUCUCCAGCUGUUGCUGUUCUUAUAUUCACUUGAGACUUCUGGCAUUAGUGUCUGUUGACAGCGAAGCUAAUGGAGGACUGGAUGAUUUGUAGGUCUGCACCAAGAAGACCAGAGUUGUCUGGUAAUAGAGAACACUGGAAUUUAACAUGUUGCCUAGCAACAUGUGCAGGGUUCCUGACUUGCACAGAGAUGGAGGGAUGAUUCUGCGAGAGGGUGCCUCACCUUUCAUUUGUAGCAUUAGACAGAAACCACGGCCAGGGUGACGUGGUCUGCUUUUAAAGACGCCAAUUUUAAAGACACCAAUCAGUAGCAAGCGAGAGAAGAAUGUUGGAACAACUUCUCAAAUGCACCUAUGACUCAACUCAUGAUGUUUAGUCAUUUCUAGAGCAUCCAGAUUCCCAAGACAAAAUAUCUGUUUGCUCCCCUGCUUGUUUUUUUUUGUACAUAGCUUUCCUUGCCUGUUUAAAAGAACGUUUCAGUGAAGUUGACAAUAAUGGCUUAAAUUAUUGAUUCAAUUCUGUAUUUGAUAUUGUCAUAAACUAUUUUUCAUCUUCAAAUCCUUAUUUAAAUAAAAAUGUGAAGA